AUGAACUUCACUAACUACCAUCUCCCUUCCAGCUAUGGUGAUAUGGUCCCGAGCACCAUUGCAGGGAAGAUCUUCGGUUCCAUCUGCUCUCUGAGUGGGGUGCUGGUCAUCGCCCUCCCUGUACCUGUCAUCGUCUCCAACUUCAGCCGCAUCUACCACCAGAACCAGCGGGCAGAUAAGCGGCGAGCUCAACAGGUAGCUGUGCGGCCAGGCGGAAGAGAGAAGGCGGAAGGGCGAUGGGAGGAGGGGGGGAGGGAGGGAGGGGAGGGCCACACCUGCCUCUCAUUCCAUACACAGUCCUCCAUCUCUCCCCCUUGCAGAAGGUUCGCCUGGCCCGGAUCCGCCUCGCCAAGAGUGGCACCACCAACGCUUUCCUUCAGUACAAGCAGAACGGGGGCCUCGAGGUAUGGACCACGCAGUUGCACGCUCAACACUGGUUUUCUCGGCUGCUUUGGGCUUUUCUUGGAAAGGAAAAGCGGGACGUAAAAAUAGAGGCGGCUCCAUCAGGUGGCUCCAUUAGGCAUUGGCCCACCAACCGGAAGUCUGCCCUCAGCCAACCCCUACCUGCUUUCUUGCUUACAUCAAGGCUGCGUUGGCCUCCUCCUCAGUCUUAGUUGUCCUUAUAGAGCUCAGCAGGGAGAUGGGUGGGGGCAGAGCUAGAACUGGUUGGCCACAGGCUCUGCCUACAAGUCCUGGCCAAGUCCUAGCCACGAUGCCCUAGUUUUCUCUGCACAGGGGAAUCCCUUUUAAAUGCGAAAACAGUCAAACUUGCAUCACCCAGCUAUAGCCUGAAGUACUUGCAUCCCAAGUGAUUUUUCUGAAUGUGCUGAUUGGCUCUAAUGUGGGCAUGUAUGCACAUGCGCCUAUACCCAAAGUGUGCCCCGAUGCAUAGGCACUUGUCACCUAUGAGAGCCAGUGUGGUGCAGUGGUUCAGAGGAGUGGACUCGUAAUCUGGUGAACCGGGUUCAAUUCCCUGCUCCUCCACACGCAGCUGCUGGGUGACCUUGGGCUAGUCACACUUCUCCGAAGUCUCUCAGCCCCACUCGCCUCACAGAGUGUUUGUUGUGGGGGAGGAAGGGAAAGGAGAUUGUUAGCUGCUUUGAGACUCCUUAAAGGUAAAGGGACCCCUGACUGUUAGGUCCAGUCGUGGACGACUCUGGGGUUGCGGUGCUUAUCUCGCUUUAUUGGCCAAGGGAGCCAGCAUACAGCUUCCGGGUCAUGUGGCCAGCAUGACUAAGCCGCUUCUGGUGAACCAGAGCAGUGCACGGAAAUGCUGUUUACCUUCCCGCCGGAGCGGUACCUAUUUAUCUACUUGCACUUUGACGUGCUUUCGAACUGCUAGUUUGGCAGGAGCAGGGACCGGGCAAUGGGAGCUCACCCUGUCGCCGGGAUUCGAACUGCCGACCUUCUGAUCAGCAAGCCCUAGGCUCUGUGGUUUAACCCACAGUGCCACCCACGUCCCACUUGAGACUCCUUAGGGUAGUGAUAAAGCGGGAUAUCAAAUCCAAACUCCUCCUCCUCCACCUGUAUGUUGGUAUUCAAGCCAUAGCUUCCCUCAGAACAGAUCUGUUGAAAUGUAUGGACAUGACUCUGAUUUCAAUAGGUCUGCUCUAAGCAGAGUCCUCCUGGAUCAUGUCCAAGGCCCACCUGGUCCAACAUCACAGCAGGGAAUCAGAUGCCGGUGGAAAGCGCACCAGCAGGACCUGAGUGCGCCAGCGCUCUCCUCAUUUACGAUACCCAGGAUGUCGUAUUCGGAAGCAUCCUUCCUCUGACAUUGGAGGCGGAACAUAGUCAACAUGGCUUGUAGCCACUGAUAGCCCUGUCCUUCAUGAAUUUGUCUAAUUCUUAAGUCAGCAAGGCUGGUGGAACCUCCCUGUUUAUUGCAGGAGCAAAUUCCAUCGUUUAACUAUGCGCUAUGUUUUACUCAGUGUUUUACUUUGUUGGAUAGCACCCAGUGCUGCCAACUGUGGGAAUCAAAUGUGUAUGUAUGUAUCUGUCCUAUUUAUUUGCAUACAUAUAUAUUCCUGCCUUUAUGUUCCUGGGCAAACACCCAUCCAGGCGUUGAGCCAGACCUGCUUCCCUUCAGCAAGGUGGCGGUGGCCUCAUGCGCCUUCAGACGGUCUGCUUCAAUUAAUUGGCGCUCCUCUCUUUUCCUCUACAGGACAGAGACCCUGAUGCUCACGUCUUGGCUGUGCGAAACCGAUCAGCCUUUGAAAUGCAACACCAUCAUUUGUUGCACUGCCUGGAGAAAACUACCGUGAGUAGCAGCAGAGGGUGCAAAGGAAGGAAAGGGGUUUGGACAACACAAGUGGAAGAAGCUAGACUUAGUCACUGUGAGGAGCUUUUUGGAUGGCCAAUGGAAUCUGAUUUCGAUCCAGGAUUGCCUAGAUCUGACGCAAAGGAACCAGUGACCCUCCAAAUGUUGUUGGACUCCAACCCCCCUCAACCUCCGCCUCCCCCGCAGUCCAGCAUGCCUUAGUAAUAAUAAUAAUAAUAAUUUAUUAUUUAUACCCCGCCCAUCUGGCUGGGUUUCCCCAGCCACUCUGGGCGGCUUCCAACAAAACACUAAAAUACAAUAACCUAUUAAACAUUAAAGCUUCCCUAAACAGGGCUGCCUUCAGAUGUCUUCUAAAAGUUUGGUAGUUGUUCUUCUCUUUGACAUCUGGUGGGAGGGCGUUCCACAGGGCGGGUGCCACUACCGAGAAGGCCCUCUGCCUGGUUCCCUGUAACUUGGCUUCUCGCAGCGAGGGAACUGCCAGAAGGUCUUCGGCGCUGGACCUCAGUGUCCGGGCAGAACGAUGGGGGUGGAGACGCUCCUUCAGGUAUACUGGACCAAGGCCAUUUAGGGCUUUAAAGGUCAGCACCAACACUUUGAAUUGUGCUCGGAAACGUACUGGGAGCCAGUGUAGGUCUUUCAAGACCAGUGUUAUAUGGUCUCGGCGGCCGCUCCCAGUCACCAGUCUAGCUGCCGCAUUCUGGGUUAUGGAUGACAGGAGUUGUGGUUCAAUCAUGUCUGGAGGGCCACAAGUUCUCCAUCUCUGUCAAGGUGUUUUGGGGGUUGUUGUUGUCUUUUAAAAAAUGAUGAUCAUCCUGUUGAGUAUCCUUUACAACUCCAACAUUCUACACACGAAUUCUGUACCAAUUCAAAAACCAGAUUCUGCAAUCCGAAUAAGUUAUGCGAAUGGCUGUUCUGCGUCAUCUUUUCUCCUCGGAACAAGGAUUACACCCCGAUCCUUGUUCACCGAAUACCCUUCAGACAGUGGAUUUCCCUACAUGGCUUCAAAUGCAACUCUGCGGCCAUAAGAAAAUCAGCUGAGACUCUUGGGAUGAUGAAUUCUGCCUCUGACUCAAAGUUCCUUGUUUGUGUAAUGCCACGCAGCAGAGCCACAGAAUACGCACAGUCGUGAUGGCGCCCUUAUCUAUGUCGUGACGCAAGCAGGAACGUACAUGAUGUGGGGCCCAGCUGUAAGAGUGAAUGCCCGCACACCAACCCCCUGACAUUAUUUUCUCUCUCCCUCCCCCCCCCCCAACAGAGUCACGAGUUUACGGAUGAGCACUCCUACAGCGAGUUUUGCCUGACGGAACCCCUGGGCUACCGCACCAGCCGCAGCACCUCCCUCUCCUCCCAGCAAGGCGGCAAAGGGGGCCUAAGCACCUCGUGCUGCCCCCGCCGGACCAAGCGCCGCACCACCCGCCUAACCAACUCCACCAUGUCAGUGAGCCGCACCAGCGCUCAGGAGCUCGAUACGCUAAACAGCCAGAAAAGUGCUGCCCCCCAGAGGUAAGGGUAAUGUUUGCAUGCCGUCACACCUCGCCGUGGGAACGAGAGAUCGGCUCUGAGCUCGUCCACACUUCUGCUUGUGCUGUGCCUAGAUAUCAUGGGUUUCGGCGGUUUCCCCCUUGCACCUCUCAUUUCCCAGGGCAAAUCCACUCUUUAGUGCUCAAAUGGAGCAAAUGUCUCUCUGGAGAAAACCCAAAUUGCCAUUUGUUCUGAUUGAGCACUAAAGAGCAGUUUUCACGGGGUGUAUGGGGGAAGCAGCACGACAAUAAGUGUGAAUAAGCUCUAUGUUACAUUUGAGUAGUUCCUUUCCCACGUGCGAGAUUGAGCUUUGGCCCUGUAGCUUAGCUGCAGGGGGAUAUUUUAUAGGAGAUUAAGGAGUCACAUAAAAGGAGGCUGUAUAUCUACUGCAAUCUGGUCUUUAGCAAAGGUAAGUUAAGAUAUCCUAGAAAUAUUGCUGGAUCAAGGAACAUUGCCAGUUGGAUAAAUUUAAGACACUUAUUUUUCUUUUUGCAUAUGGGUCCAGAAGGGUUUCUCCUGCCCCAUCAAAUGUCAUAGUAGUACACAAACUUUUAAGUUUUGCUGGUCAGGAACCAAUUCCUCACUUCCUACAUCAAACAGGUCACUGACCUCAGAGGAGGGAGCUGCAUCAGUUCAAGUGAAGAGUCCUCCUGGGCUUGAGGAUUGGGAACAGGAGAAUGUUAAUGCAUGAAAACAGAAACAGAGAGACCACUGGUUCAGAGGUGGGUGGAGGGGGGAAAACUCUGACUCUGGUCCAUCUGUCAAAUGCUGGCUAAUUUUUAGUGGGUCACCCUGCCUGAUAGGUCAGCAUACCCAGGGAAUCUGGAAGAGGAAGAGAUGAAGAUGCAAUUCCUGUUUCCCCACACAGCAUGCCAUGAGCUCUCACUGGCACCAACAGAGGGUACUGUCUUGAUGAGCCUGCAUAGUUUGAAGCCACCAGUUGCGUGUCGAGACCCCGAAGACACCCCCUCAUUGGGAAAUAACACACACAAGGACACGGAUAUUAGGUUAAUGUUAUUGGGCAAAUUUUGGCCACAACUUUAUUGAUUACAGAAUGUGAGCGGUAUUGGCUUAGGCAUUGCAUGGACCCGACUAUACCUGACUCCUGCCCGAUGCGCAGGAAGUCCAGUAAGGGUAAACCACCAGAAGGGGGAGCCCUGUCGAUGCGUACCAACUUGAGCUCCCCCUGGUGUUCACGUUGGGGUCGUGUCUUGGCCCUAGCCCCCGACCCGGGCUUCGGACAAGAUCGACACCCCUGAUGCCUUUAACAGAAUACCCUUCAGCUUGGAGGGGCAGGUGAUGGCCACACCUCACCUCCCCCACACAAGGUCAAACAAUGCCUAACCGCAACCCUAACAAAGUUGUGACAAUUGUUAUGAGGUAGGCGAAAACCAAGUGGCCAGUGCCAAUUUGCCAAGUGGAAAAAUUCCUACCAGGCCCCUCAAUGGCGACCAACCGAGGUCCAUAGCAAAGCUAUUGCCUAAAACCUGCAAAUUAGGGAGGGAGGGUGAUUGAGGAAGUGAGCCAAAGAGGAAGCCCUCCUGCGUGCGCUUCUGUUUAAAUGGUCCCGGCCACACACCCCUGGCCAGCGGAUUGGCUGGCCGGGCUCUGACGUGGCCUGGAUCCCCCGGGCAACAGGGAACUAAGUCCCCCACCCCUGGAGGGGAGGGGUGGCCAUGCGGUCCACCACAACUCCUCCCCACGGGGAAGUGGAGCGGAUUUCCCACAGCAUCUGCACUGGCUGCGUCCAGGUCCAGGCUGCUAGUGAGGCUGGCAGAGACCAGGGAGCUGUCGAUAUAAUGUCUGUUGGUCCAUUAACUGCGAAGGAAGCAAUGCUAUCCUCCUGCCACCCACAGCACCCAGUAGCCAGCCCCAGGAGGAAUCCAGUAGGCGCCAGGGCAGCGAACAACAUAAAACACUGAAAUAUACAGUGAACCAAUAAUAUUAGCAAGAAUAUGAGGCAGCAGCUGAAAACACACAGCAGACUAAGUGGAAAUACAAAAAUUUUGUGUUUGUUACCUGUCCUGCGACUUCAGGUGGUCCUCAUGCCCACAACUCACUGACUGGCUUUUGUAGCUUUCAGGGCAAAGAUCUCAACCUUAUAACUAUUAUUUCCUUUUGUGGGAAGUCUGCCUCAUAAUUCCCCUCCAGAGAGAGAGAGAGAGCGCUGGGCCUGCUCUGCUCUGGCAUUCCCUGUCCCCUAAAAGCCCUGCCUUUGUGGCUUCCAACAGAUUCCCGAGCCUUCGUUGCCUCAGCAUUUGGGGCCCCUCUUAAUUUCUUCUUUAAAACCCCAUCAUCUGUGUGAUGCAACCCAGCAGCAAGUCCUAACUAAUACUAGGCUGAAAUUAUCUUUCCACCACCCUUCCCGUUUUUGCAAGAUUUUGUGCCCCCAAGAAAGCGAUGGUAAGGGAGGUUCAAGUUUCUUUUACAUUGGGGGGGGCAGUUGGCUUUCCUUAGACAGAUGCUCAAAGGUUUAUUUCCCCCUGUUUUAUAAGUAAAAAAUAAAGGCUGAUUGCCAGCCCUAGCAGUGGCAAGGCUCUCCACAGCCUACUGACUGCAUUUCCUUAGGCAAAUUGUCCCUGGGAAUGCGGCUGCGAAUGCGCAUGAGGCCAAGGCUGCAGAGGCAAAGGGCUGUAGCUCAGGAUAACAACAUGCAUUUUGCAUUCCAAAGGUCCAAGGUUCAAUCCCUGAUAUUUCCAGGCAGGGCUGGAAAUGACUCCUGCCUCAACCCCAGAGAGCUGCUGCCAGUCAGUUGCAGACAAUACUGGGCUAGAUGGACCAAUGGUGUGGCUCAGUUGAAGACAACAUGGGAUGUUCCUUUGUUCUGUAAAGGGUAAAGGGACCGCUGACCAUUAAGUUCAGUCGUGACCGACUCUGGGGUUGCGGUGCUCAUCUCGCUUUAUUGGCCGAGGGAGCCGGUGUACAGCUUCCGGGUCAUGUGGCCAGCAUGACUAAGCCGCUUCUGGCAAACCAGAGCAGUGCACAGAAAUGCCGUUUACCUUCCCGCCAGAGCGGUACCUAUUCAUCUACUUGCACUUUGGCGUGCUUUCAAACUGCUAGGUUGGCAGGAGCAGGGACCGAGCAACGGGAGCUCACCCCGUAGCGGGGAUUCAAACUGCCGACCUUCUGAUCGGCAAGUCCUAGGCUCUGUGCUUUAACCCACAGCACCACCCGCGUCCCUCCUUUGUUCUAGAGCUUUGUUAUUGCCUUGUGCAGCAGCAAGGCUUCUUUUUAAAGUUUAAAAAGGGGUGGAGUAGAAACAUAUCCCGGGCCAUUUCAUCUAACAUAAGGUACAUGUAGCCUCUUAUGAAAUAUCUGCAGUGUUUAUGGAGGGGAAGUUUCUUUUGUCACACUCCCUCCACAAAUUGCUUGAAAACAAUAUAUGCAAGCAGUUCCGUAAUUGCUUAUCUAGCUAAUAAGAUCUUGCAGCAUUUGUUUAACUGCAGAACUGAACUAGUGGCACUUAUAGGGCGACCGCACUGAAAUUAUAACCAGCUCAACUGUGUGGUGAGAGUAUUCCUAGGCUUUCUUCUUCUUCUUCUUUUGACGGAAAUUUUAUGGCCAAUUUACUAACAAAACCUGCAGCAGCUCUGCAGCAGCGGGACUGGUGAUUUCAGAGUAAAUGAAAAUAACAUACGGUGGCCCAGGAAAAGUCAUCAGCAAUACGUAAUAGUAGUGCUGCAAGACUCAGGUGUGCGAGCAAAGGGAUGUUACGUUACAUAAGAAGUGUCUCAUCUUUCAUCUCUGAAAUGUUGGUAAAUAUGACUUCCUCAUGCAAUCUCCAGCAACGGUAGGAAAACCAUUGGAGAACCAUAUCCUCUACUUGUGGGUUUUCUCUGCUAAAUGGAGGAGUCCUGGAAGGACUAUCCCGACAGAUUCCCUAGUAAACUAGGAGGUUUUCCCCCCUUCCCCUUCAGCAGGGAUGGGGGAGCCUGCAGGCCCCCAGAUGUUAUUGGACUCCCUUCAGUGAUUAUGGAUGAAGGAAGUCCAGAAACAGAAGCAUGUAAAGAGGAGGGUGACCAAGAUGAUCAAGGGUUUUAGAAACCAAGCCUUAUGAGGAACAGUUGAGGGAGUUGGGUAUGUUUAGCUAGGAAAAGAGGAGACUGAGAGGAAGUAAAGGUAAAGGUACCCCUGAUUGUUAGGUCCAGUUGCGGAUGACUUUGGGGUUGUGGUGCUCAUCUCGCUCUAUAGGCCGAGGGAGCUGACGUUUGUCCACAGACAGUUUUUCCGGGUCAUGUGGCCAGCAUGACUAAGCCACUUCUGUCGAACCAGAGCAGCGCAUGGAAACACCGUUCACCUUUCUGCCGGAGCGGUACCUAUUUAUCUACUUGCACUUUGACGUGCUUUUGAACUGCUAGGUGGGCAAGAACUGGGAACGAACAACAGGAGCUCACCCUGUCGCUGGGAUUUGAACUGCCGAUCUUCUGAUCGGCAAGCCCUAGGCUCAGUGGUUUAGACCAUAGCGCCACCCGCGUCCCUGAGAGGAGAUAGGCAUCUUCAAAUAUCUGCAGGACUGUCACAAGGAAGAGGGAACAUGCUUGUGGGGUUUUUUUGCUCUGGAGGCUAGGAUCCGAACCAAUGGAUUCAAGUUACAAGAAAGGAGAUUGACCAAAUAUCAGGAAGAACCUUUUGACAGCAACAGCUGCUCAAUAAUGGAACAGGCUCCCAAAAGUGGCAGACUCUCCUUUCCUGGAAGUUUCCCCACAGAGGUUGAAUGGCCACCUGUCAGGCAGUCUUGAGCUGUGAUUCCUGCAUUUCAGGGAGUUCGACUGGAUGACCCUUUAGGUUCCUUAUAACCUUACAGUUCUAUGAUUCUGUGAACCCUUAUAUAUAGUUUGGGUGCUUGCAGCUGCACAGCCCUAUUCUGGGCAUGUUUACUGGGAAGUAAGCCCCACUGGGUAUCCAGGACUGAAACCAUUUAACAAGGGAACUUACCGUAUUUUCGCUCUAUAAGACGCACCAGACCACAAGACGCACCUAGUUUUUGGAGGAGGAAAACAAGAAAAAAAAUAUUCUGAAUCUCAGAAGUCAGAACAGCAAGAGGGAUCGCUGUGCAGUGAAAGCAGCAAUCCCUCUUGCUGUUCUGGCUUCUGGGAUAGCUGCGCAGUCUGCACUUACUCCGUAAGACACACACACAUUUCCCCUUACUUUUUAGGAGGGAAAAAGUGAGUCUUAUAGAGCAAAAAAUACGGUAUUUCUGAGUAGAUGUAUAGGAUCACACUGCUAGCAUCAUGUAUAGGGCACUUCCAGAUGACCCGUUUAUUUGAGUAUAUCAAAGCAAGUACAGUGGUACCUUGGGUUACAAACGCUUCAGGUUACAGACUCCGCUAACCUGAAAGUAGUACCUUGGGUUAAGAACUUUACUUCAGGAUGAGAACAGAAAUCGCAUGGCGGCAGCGUGGCGGCAGCAGGAGGCCCCAUUAGCUAAAGUGGUACCUCAGGUUAAGAACAGUUUCAGGUUAAGAACAGACCUCUGGAACGAAUUAAGUUCUUAAGCAGAGGUACCACUGUAUUAUCCUACCCCAGGGGUCAGCAAACUUUUUCAGCAGUGGGCCGGUCCACUGUCCCUCAGACCUUGUGGGGGGCCAGACUAUAUUUUGAACAAAAAUAAUGAACGAAUUCCUAUGCCCCACAAAUAACCCAGAGAUGCAUUUCAAAUAAAAGCACACAUUCUGCUCAUGUGAAAACACACUGAUUCCCGGACCGUCCGUGGGCCGGAUUGAGAAGGCGAUUGGGCCGGAUCCUGCCCGUGGGCCUUAGGUUGCCUACCCAUGUCCUACACUUUCCAGUCAUUCUCUCCUUUCUUCUUCCUUAUCCUAAAGCGUCUGAUCUCCUGGGAAAGCAGGCUUGUCGUGUAAGAGUCCCUAUCAAGUAGAAUGGUGCAACCUGAAUUUGCUGAUUAUGUGAUUGAAUCCCACUUGAAAACAGCAGCAGUCUGGAUGCGCCCCAAGUUCACUGCCUGAGUGCCACUCCAUACACACGGUCUGCUGAUAAGAAAGUGGUGGGCUGGACCUCAUCCCAACACUGCUUUCACCUCCUUGGGGAGUCCCACCUCCUAUUUCAAGGACCACAGAUCUAAGGUUAUAGCGGAUUGCAAUGUAAAUGAGUCAGCAAUGUGGGGCUAUUGCAUUGGAGUGGAGAGAAGGCAAAGGCUUUUUUCUUUUUUGGAUUUUGGUUUGACAAAAGCAGGAAUGUGGUGAUAGAGGGCAGGGGCCACUGGCACCGCUAUCGUGCAAGUUUAAAUUUGUGCCCACACUUUCAAGAAUGAUUCAGAGGAAAAGUGAGACGGCGUAGGGUUUCGAAUGAAUGAUGAAUGAGGAACUGCCAAAGGAGCUGGACAUGAAUAGCUCAGGGAAAAGAAGAUUAAGGGGAAACUCAUGAAAGUGGCUUCAAAUAUCUAAGAGAGAUGUCAUGAAGAGGGAGAAUGACUGACUGCUUAUCAGCGCCCCGUCGGGAAAGGAUAAGGACUGGUUGCAGCAAAGGCAGGCGUGGCUUGGAUCUCUGAAAAUGUUUCCUGGUUGCAAGAACCUAUGGGUGACAGAACAAGCUGCAGAACUGGGGUAGAUUAAGUCUGAGGAGCUUUGUGAUUUGCACUGGACGACCUUUGACUGUUAAAAACCUCCUCUGCUCCCUCCGAGUAACCAGCUGAGCUGCUGCUGCUGCUAGAAAGGAACUGAGCAGUCAGUGGCUGAUGGACAAACACCUCGUGUGGAAUCUGUGGGAGGACUCUGUGCAUCAGCUGAAAGAGGAGGCCGAGGAGAGAGGGGUAGGAACCAGAGCAAGGCUGCACAGAGGACAAGGAUGGCUGGGUGAAGAGGGACUGGCAAACUGGAAUAAAGAUGGUUAGACAAGAUAGAGAGUCAAGGAAAAGAGGGAGAGGAUGAGAAUGGGGGGAAGCCACUUAGUAUCUAGUAGCUGUGCAAGAGACGCAGGCAGGCAAAGGUAAUGAGUCUGAAACCCAGGAAUCAAUGGAGCUGUAGGGUUGGAAAGGGACCCUGGCGAUCAUCUAGUCCAGGGGUGUCAAACUCAAAUUCAUCAGCAGUUUGGUCACCCUCAAAGGGCCGGUUGUAUCUGUAGGACUUACAGUACAGGAGAGAAGGGUUCAGGCAGCCGUUGGAUCUGUCACAUCACAGGAUGGCAUGCGCUCAAUAUAAAAACAAGUGGAGGUUUCCUGAAUGCAUGUAAAGUGGAGGUUUCCUGUGUAGAACGGCCGGCGCCUCAAGAGGGCAGACGUUCUCUGGCUUGUAGGCUGCCGCGCAUCCGCUGGAAAGGCGGCUUUCUUGUGUAAAACAAAAAAAAGCGAGAAUAAAAGGUGAAGGCUGGCGGCCGGCGGCGGCUACACGGGCCACAUGACGAGGUCUGGCGGGCCAGAUUCGGCCCGCGGACCUUGUGUUUGACACCCGUGAUCUAGUCCAACCCCCUGCAAUGCAGGAAUCUUAACUAAAGAUAGGUGACCAACCAGCCUCUACUGAAAAAACCUGCAAGGAAGGAGCAUCCACUACCUUCCAAGGGAGUCUGUUCCAGUGUUGAAAAUGGGGGAUUAAGCAGCUUUUCAGCUACAAGUCUCCAAUACUGUAUUGCUGAGCCGAACUGUAUUGCUUUUUCUGUGGCAUAUUUUAGAGGGCCUUUUCCCGAAGUGUGGAAUCUGCUGCCACCUGCUGGCGGAAGAGCUGCAGUGCCACACAAACAGUGGUCAGUGCCUGGCUUCAUGAGUGGCUAAGUGGAGAGAAUCAACUUUGGUUGCUGCCUCCUAUACUCCAACCAGACACUGGUCAUGUGAAGGAACAAGUAGCGUCCCCCACCCUCCCUGCUUGGGCUCAAACCCACCUGCGAGCUGCAUUCUUUGAUCUUUGAAACUGUUCCCCCUAACAUAACAGAUGUGUGGCAUCUGGCUAUAUCGGGGUGAUCACUGAUGAUGGACCAGCACUCUGCACAUGCUCCUUUGGGUCUGAAUAGAGACAAAGGCUUUCUUUUUUUCCAGCACAGCUAUCUGCUAACUCAGCAUUGCCAAACUGAUUGCUUUUUAUCACCCUUCGCUGCUGUUGUAAUCCCUUGCAUACUUUCUAGCUGGAACCAAACUGUUGCUAUCUGUUAUUUCUUUACAGGUAGGUAGCCAUGUUGGUCUGCUGUAGUCAAAACAAAAUUUUAAAAAUUCCUUCCAGGAGACCAACUAAGUUUGUUAUUGGUAUGAGCUUUCGUGUAUCUGAAAAAGUGUGCAUGCAUACGAAAGCUUAUACCAAUAACAAACUUAGUUGGUCUCUAAGGUGCUACUGGAAGGAAUUUUGUUAUUUUGUUAUUUCUUUGCAUUUCAUUCCCCUCUGGCUCUGCUGUUUGCAACUUCGAUUGUUUGUUUGCUUAUGUUUAUUUAAAUAUUUUACUGUAAACUGCCCUGUGAUCUUCAGAUAAAGAGUAGUAUAUACAUUUAAUUAGUAUUAGUCGUCGUAAUAGUAGUAGUAGUAGUAGUAAUGGUUAUAACCACACUCUAGGGCUGAACUUGGCUGGGGACUGCAGUUGCCGGCCCCUACUCUAAACCCUGUUCUCCAAGACAUUGUUUCCAAGAACAGUGAUGGGUUAUGAAACACGCUGGCCCAAGAACAGCUUGACUUUUGUAGUACAUGUGCAAAAUAUGUAUACGCAGAUCAGCAAAUAUGUGAUCAAUGCACCGCUAAAUGUAUUUAGUGGAAAUGGAUGAAAUGUUAAUUGUCAUAGGAAAUGGAUGGGACGAUUCCUUUUAAAAUAAAAGCAGUGCUGGGCUUCAGACCUCCCAGCAAAAUUGGAUGUUCCCUCCAGAUGCUGUAGGACUGCAUUUCCUAUCAGCCCUGGCUGGUAAGGUCAAAGGUCAGGGCUGAUGGGGCGAUGCAGACCAGCAACAUUGCUCUCUCCUGCUUCUGCAAAUCAUCCAAAGCACUCUUAAAUUAACCACCUCCUGUUUUUCCAGACUAUGUGCCAGAACGGAGCCUGGGGAAGGUGGUGACUACAGACCCCCCCAAAAGCCCCUUCCUAACCUUUCUUUCUCCCGUUGUCUCCCCUUCUUCCAGCCGCUCCAACCUGAACGCCAAGACCCACGACAACUUGAAGCUAAACUGUGACACCACAGACUUCACAGCAGCCAUCAUCUGCAUCCCCACCCCUCCUGCCAACACGCCGGAUGAGAGCCAGCCCCCGUCUCCCGGAGGCCCUGGCGGACCCCUGCGCAACUCCAGCCACUCCACCCCCUACAUACUGCACGAGACGGUCAAGAUCUCCUCCUUGUAA